GAGGAUGGAUUUAAGUUAAAUCACCUCUAAGGAUAUUUUGGCUUAUGCGCAUGCGUGAUGUCUGAGCUGUAAUAAUAUCCUCAGUAUUAUAGAGACUCUGCUACAUGACAUCUGAGAUUAGAAAUUAGGAAAGAUGAGGAAAGACGUGCGGAUUUUACUCGUCGGAGAGCCCAAAGUGGGGAAGACGUCUCUGAUCAUGUCUCUGGUCAGCGAGGAGUUUCCUGAUGUUGUUCCCUACAAAGUGGAGGAGAUCACUAUUCCCGCUGACGUCACGCCCGAGAGAGUCCCUACACACAUAGUGGACUACUCAGAAGCUGAACAGACAGACGAGCAGCUUUAUCAGGAGAUCUCUAAGGCAAAUGUUAUAUGCAUCGUGUACGCCGUCAAUAACAGGAAGUCGCUUGAGAAAGUGACGAGUCACUGGAUCCCUCUGAUCAACGAGAGGACGGAUAAAGACAGCAGGGUUCCUCUGAUCCUGGUUGGGAAUAAGUCUGAUCUGGUGGAACAGAGCUGCAUGGAGACCGUCCUGCACAUCAUGAACAAAUACACUGAGAUCGAGACCUGCGUGGAGUGUUCGGCGAAGACUCUGAAGAACAUCUCCGAGCUGUUUUAUUACGCUCAGAAAGCCGUACUGCAUCCAACAGGACCGCUUUACUGCCCCGAACGCAAACAGAUGAAACCGGCGUGUGUACGAGCGCUCACUCGCGUCUUCAAAAUUUCAGACUUGGACAAUAACGGAAUCCUCAACGACAACGAGCUCAACUUCUUCCAGAGAGUGUGUUUCAGCUCGCCGCUCGCUCCUCAGGCUCUGGAGGACGUGAAGAAGGUGGUGAAGAAGAACGCGCCUGACGGAGUGUGUGAGGACGGACUGACUCUGCAGGGAUUCCUUUUCCUCCACACGCUCUUCAUCCAGAGGGGGCGUCACGAGACCACGUGGGCAGUGCUUCGCCAUUUUGGCUACGAUGACGACCUGGAACUACAUCAGGACUACCUUUUCCCUCCGUUAAGAAUCCCAGCGGACUGCAGCACCGAGCUCAACCACAACGCUUCACUGUUCUUGCAGAGCGUCUUCGAUAAACACGACAAGGACAGAGACGGAGCUCUGAACCCCAACGAGCUGAAGGACGUGUUUGAUGUUUUUCCCUACAUGCCAUGGGGUCCGGACGUGAAUAACACUGUGUGUACAAACGAACAUGGCUGGAUCACAUACCAGGGCUUCAUCUCUCAGUGGACGUUAACGACGUAUCUGGACGUCCAGCGGUGCCUGGAGUACCUCGGUUACCUUGGUUACUCCAUCGUAGCGGAGCAGGAGUCGCAGGCCGCCGCCAUCACGGUGACCCGCAGUAAGUGUGUGGACCUGCAGCAGAAACAGACGCAGCGCUGUGUGUUUCUCUGUAAUGUCUUUGGUAGCAGUGGUAGUGGAAAGAGCAGCUUCCUGCAGGCCUUCAUCGGACGCAACCUCAAUCGCCAGAAGACGAUCAGAGACGAACACAAAUCGCACUACGCCAUUAACACGGUCCAUGUUUACGGUCAGGAGAAAUACCUGCUGCUGCGUGAAAUCAGCUCGGAUUUGGACUUCCUGUCUGAUUCUGAUCUCUGCUGUGAUGUCGUCUGCCUGAUUUAUGACAUCAGCGACCCCGACUCGUUCGACUACUGCGUUCGAGUGUUUAGGGAGUGUUAUGCGGACAGUAAGCUGCUGUGUCUGAUGGUGGCGAUGAAGUCGGACCUGCAGGAGGAGAAACAGCAGCACAGCGUCACACCUCUGGAGUUCUGCAGAACACACAUGAUUCCUCCUCCGCAAGCGUAUAGCGUUAACACUGCGGCCACGCCCAGCCGAGACGUCUUCAUCAAACUCGCUACCAUGGCGACGUACCCUCACCUGCGUCUGCGCUGCAUGUGUACCUGUAACAGGUGCACCUUCUGCCUCUGUCAGAACUUCCUGAACUCGGAGGUCCUUCACGCUGUAAAAGCCAAACUCUACACACUCGUCUUCAGCAGGGUUGUUCUCCCGGUGGAUCUUCGUGGUUCGUCGUUGUUGUUGAAGGUCAGUUGUGGAGCGGCGCUGUUCGCCAUGCUGGGCUUCAGUGUGUACCGAGUGCUUAUUAAACCCCGGUGAUACACACACACACUCACACACACACUCACACACACACACACACACACACACACACACACACACACUCAAACUCACACAUACACUCUCACACACACUCACAUACACACACAUUCACACACACACACAUUCUCACACACAUUCUCACACACACACUCACACACACAUACACACUCACAGAGACACUCAAACUCACACACACACACACACACACACACACACACACUCUCUCUCACACACAUAUAAACAAUCACACACACACAAACACUACAUUUAAUCCUGAGUGAGUUAAAAGACAAACGUGAGAUAAAAGUUGUUUGCUCUGUGCACCUUUUUUUUUUUUUUUUUAUGUUUUUAAGAAGUCUUUUAUCAA